CACAACUUCUGCAACCUCUUCGAAGUCCCGCGGGUUUUGAAGACGCGCAGUUUUCGGUUUCUCACUGCGCUGCACCCGUGGGAUUACGGCGUAGGGCGGAGCACGCUGACUUCUGUCCCGGAAGUUUUUCCUCUCAGAGAAGCGCGCACAUUGAGCCGGCUUUGCCGUUGCUUCGCCCAUGCUACCGUCUCAUCAUGUCGUCUAAGAAGAACCGAAAACGGCUGAACCAAAGCGUGGAGAAUGGUUCGCCCUCUCUCUCUGCGGCUUCUUCUCCUGCGGGGGCCUCGGCUUCUUCUGCUGGGCCAGGCUCCGCGGCGGCGGCGGGGACUCUGGCGGUGACCAACUUCAUAGAAAAGGAUGACAAAGUUCCUAAAAAAUUCCGGAAUUCCCUUGUUCAAUUUGGACUGAACACUAUGAAGUCUGCAAAUAUAUGUAUCGGUCGGCCAGUGUUGCUUACCAGUUUGGAUGGAAAGCAAGAGGUCUAUACGGCCUGGCCUGUGUCAGGAUUUCCGGGAGGCAAAGUUGGCUUGAGCGAAAUGGCACAGAAGAAUGUGGGCGUCAAGCCUGGUGAUGCCAUUCAGGUUCAGCCUAUUGUUGGUGCUGUGCUACAGGCUGAGGAAAUGGACGUGGCAUUGAGUAACAAAAAUAUAGAGAUUAAUGAAGAAGAACUGACUGGUUGUCUUCUGAGAAAACUAGAUGGCAAGAUUGUUUUACCAGGCAACUUUCUGUACUGCACAUUUUAUGGAAGACCAUGCAAGUUGCAAGUGUUGCGAGUGAAAGGGACAGAUGGCAUGAUACUGGGAUGGCCUCAGAAUGACUCUGAUACUAGUGCCCAGGGAGUGGCCUCUGAGCAGUCCAGCAUGGAAGCCUGUAGCCUGGAUAUGGCCUUACAGCUAAGCCGGUUAGGUCUAGAAGAGCCCCGGGACCCGGCAUCAGGCAGUACUCCUUGCAAGCCAGUAGAUGACAGAAUUAUAAAUAAAGCUGAUGACAUGUUGUCAGAUAUCGCACAGAGUCCUGGGGAACAUAGUGGACUUGGGCUAGAGGAAAUCACAGGCCUUAAAUGCAGUUUUGAGUCUGCAAGAGAAGAAAAUGAACAACUUAUCAUUGAAGAGAGAUUGCUAAAAUCAGCCAGAGUGGGAGCAAAAUGCAACACUGAUAAUUUUUAUUUUAUUUCUUCAACAACAAGAGUCAAUUUUACCAAGACUCGUACAAAUUUGAAAGAGCAAGACAACCAACUCAAAGUAACCUAUGGCAUGAUAGGAGGCUUAAGUAGGCAGCUGAAAGCAAUUAGAGAAAUAAUUGAAUUGCCUCUCAAACAGCCUGCACUUUUCAAGAGUUAUGGAAUUCCUGCCCCUAGAGGAGUGUUACUCUAUGGCCCUCCAGGAACUGGAAAGACAAUGAUUGCCAGGGCUGUUGCUAAUGAAGUUGGAGCCUAUGUUUCUGUAAUUAAUGGUCCUGAAAUUAUUAGCAAAUUUUAUGGUGAGACUGAAGCAAGGUUACGUCAGAUAUUUGCUGAAGCCACCUUGAGGCACCCAUCAAUUAUAUUUAUUGAUGAGCUGGAUGCACUUUGCCCUAAGAGAGAAGGGGCUCAGAAUGAAGUGGAAAAAAGAGUUGUAGCUUCACUCUUAACACUGAUGGAUGGCAUUGGUUCAGAAGGAAGUGAAGGACAAGUGUUAGUCCUUGGGGCCACUAAUCGGCCUCAUGCUUUAGAUGCUGCGCUCCGAAGACCUGGGCGAUUUGAUAAAGAGAUUGAGAUUGGAGUUCCUAAUGCGGAGGACCGUUUGGAUAUCCUCCAGAAGCUGCUUCGAAAGGUCCCCCAUCUGCUCACUGAGGCCGAACUGCUACAGCUGGCAAAUAGUGCUCAUGGAUAUGUUGGAGCAGACUUGAAAGCCUUGUGUAAUGAAGCAGGUCUCUAUGCUUUGCGAAGAGUCCUGAAGAAACACCCCAAUAUCCCUGACAGCAGGGUGGCUGGAUUGGUGAAGAUUACUCUGAAUGAUUUUUUGAAGGGGAUGAAUGACAUCAGGCCCAGUGCCAUGAGAGAGGUGGCAAUUGAUGUCCCAAAGGUAUCCUGGUCAGAUAUAGGAGGACUGGAAAAUAUCAAACUGAAAUUGAAACAGGCAGUGGAGUGGCCCUUGAAACAUCCAGAAUCUUUCAUCCGAAUGGGUAUACAGCCACCUAAAGGAGUUCUGCUGUAUGGGCCACCUGGAUGCUCUAAAACAAUGAUAGCAAAGGCUUUGGCCAAUGAGAGUGGACUUAAUUUCCUAGCUAUAAAGGGGCCUGAAUUAAUGAAUAAAUAUGUUGGUGAAUCUGAAAGAGCAAUUAGAGAGAUCUUCCGAAAAGCGAAAGCAGUAGCUCCUUCAGUUCUUUUCUUUGAUGAACUUGAUGCCUUAGCAGUUGAAAGGGGCAGUUCUUCAGGUGCUGGGAAUGUAGCAGACCGUGUUUUGGCUCAGCUCUUAACAGAAAUGGAUGGAAUUGAACAGCUAAAGGAUGUGACCAUUUUGGCAGCUACUAAUCGCCCUGAUAGGAUAGACAAGCAGGAGUACUCUACCUGGCGAUUUUGUCCCCCCAGGGGACGUUUGGCAAUGGCUGGAGACACUUUUGGUUGUCGCACUGGAGGAGUGAUACUGACAAUCAGUGAGUAGAGGGCAGGGAUGCUGCUAAGCAUUCUAGGAUGCACAAGAAGACUCCCCAAAACCCAGUUUCCCAUAGCCCAAGGUUGAGAAACCCUGCCCUAAAGCCUGGAUUUUUAUCUUGAUAGUUUUUCCAAAUGAAUAGCACAUUCAUGUUUACAGUAUUUUAUAAGGAGAUUUUGUUUUGUUUUAAUUACAAAAAAGAGAAAGGAAAUCAGUGUCUGACUGAUUUGGAGAUUUAUAGACACAGUAACACAAACAUUCCUUGAAAAAAUGUCCCUGGAGAUGCUAAAGUGAUUUCAUGGUACAGAGAAAUGGAAAACAAUCCUAUUUCAUCAUAGAAAGACAUGAGGACUUCUGUAUUCUUUUUUUCCCUUUGCAAGUAUGAAGGCAAACUUCUUUGUAGGUGAUGGAGUUGUGGAGAGUUAUUUCUGUAUUGGUGAAUUAGAUCAUUUAGUAAAAAUGAGUAGUGACAAUAUCUAUAAAAUUCGCUUAUCUUGAUAGAAUAUUCAAGAGCCUGAAGUACUGGAUUCACUUCCCACCUGUUAUGGGUUAAUUAUUUAAUAUCUAAGCCUCAGUUAACAUAUCUGGAAAGUAAUGUGGCUAUUUAAAAUUUCUGGGAUUGAUGUUUGCUAAUUCGUAUUUAGUAAUUUCUGUUGGCACUUCACUUUUCUCAGGUGAAUUAAAAGAAUCGUUCGACCUUUAACUAAUUGGUUGCUUGACCUCAGCGUAAAGCGAAGGCAUUCCCUUGUUCGUUUCACAAAUGAAGUUAUUAAACCUGCAAUCAUUUGCAUUGUUGUCUGCUUAGUCACAAUAAUGUGCAGUAGGUGGACGUAUAUAUAACCACACAUGUGUAAACACAAACGUACCUAGUGACUUAGAGGUAGGGAAGUUGGGCACUGACAAGAAGUGCUUACAUGGCAUCCCAGAGAUUUAGGUCUUUGGAACCUGGCGUGCGAUCCAGAACAUACUCAUGGUGACCUUUAAGGUUCAUGGAAGUAGUACACGUGGUAAAGAAUACAGCCUCUGAACAGAUUCAUUGGUGCUCCAACCACUGUACUAAAACAAAAACAAACAUUGAAGAGUAAAUGAGAGUGAUUUUUUUAUCUCCACUAUGUUAAAAAAAAAAAAAAAUUUUCUGUUCAACUUAUUUUUUAAGCAAUUAUGUUAUUGCCAUACUACCCACACCCAAUUAAUUAACUGAAUGCAUGCUGUGAAAAAGUUGUGUUUUCUGUAAAGGAGGAGAGGGUGAAAAAAAAUGAGCUUGGAGUCGCAAAUCUCAUAGCAAGUGACUUUGGUAUUGUUUACAUGCUUAAGAAGAAGUUGUCCCUUCCAUGGAGAUGGUCAGGGGACCUGUAUCUAUCACCACCAAAAGCGUUAGGGCUUUUUUUUUUUUUCCCAUAAUGAAGGGAACAGCCUGACCUAUGCAACAUCUAGUAUAGAGAAUAUUUCAGACAACAUACUGGAUCUCGGCUAGAGGUGAAAAUGCAAAGAUGUCUUAGAGAUUGUAGUAUAUAAAAUAGUUUCACUGAUAACAUGAAACAAAAUGUUAUCAUAUAUUCUGUGCUCUCCUUUAAUCAUUUUUUCAUUUUCAAAGGAAAUUUUUUUUGGAUAAUUUUUGAAUAAGCAUAUAUAUUACAUGAUUCAAAAAUCAAAAUUAUAGAGAAAUAUAUAUAUGGUGAUUCCUUGUUCCCACCUCUGCACUCCAGCUUUGUUUCCCCACCCCUACUUUGACCUUGUCCUCCUCUCACUUUUUUAUUCAUUUCUUCUUUAUUCUACCAAUGUUUUUUUUUAAGUACAAGUAAGUGUGUACAUUAAUUCUUGUUUCCCAACACCCCCCUGAAUAUACAAAAUACAGCAAACUGCAUACACUUUUCAGCACUUUGCUUUCUUCAUUUAGCAAAUGUAUCUUGGAGAUCUUUCCUUAUCAUUAUGUAUUUAAAUUCCUAACCUCCUCAUUUUGUACUUUUGGCCAAGCAUUCCGACAAAAUGCUUCCAUACUCCUUGUCUCUGAUAGCAGGGAAACUGAAGGUGGAAGUAAUUAUGUUUUAUAAGACUUAAAUGUGCUAGAUAAAUGAAUAAAUUAAUAGGGUCUAUUAAAAAAAAAUCCACAUCCUUAAAUCAAGAACCAUCUUUGACUAAUAUAAUUGUGCAACAUGGAAAGCACUAGUGACAGACUCUAGCAUGAAACUCAAAAGUGGACUGCAUCUCUGAGUUUCAAUCUCAGUGAUUGUAGGAACACAUAACACAAAUAAAAAAGGUUAAUAGAAAUAGAAGGGAAAAAAAAUCCUGACCUAAAUUAUAAUUUUUCUUUAAAUUUGAAAUGAUAUCUUAAUAAAUUUAAAAAUAUCCUUUGUAAAGUAGAAAAUUGAAAAGGAAAUUAAUUUUUAAUGUUAUUUAAUGUAGUGUCUAUAUGUCAUCUAAAAGCAUCUUAGAUUGUCUUAUGUAUUACACUCCUCCAGAAACAGUGCUCUAAAUAAUCUCUAACCUCCCUUCUAGUUGUAGUGUUCUGUGAUACUUGAUAUGCAUUGUAUUAAGGCAGCAUAAUCAAAGCUACCUGAACUCAUAGGGUCGAUGUGAGUCAGAAUUGACUUAAAGGCUGUGGUGAACUCCCCAUUCAGUAUUCCAGUGAAUAAUCACAUUGAGGAGAUUCGGUCUGAAGACAGACUGUCUUUAGAAAAAGUAGCCUGGGUAGGUGGAAGAGUAGAAGUAGCUUAGGAAGAAAACCGUGUUUAUUUAGCCAGUUGUGAGAAAGAGAAAUAUUAGGUGAGAAAGUUCUUCAGAGGAUUCAGAGAGGUUUCUGCCAAAUUAACAAAUUGCUACGUUUCCAUUUCUUACAUUAAGAAUACUGAUCCUCCUGUAAUAUUUGAUUUCUGGCAAUGAUGAGAGACUAGAAGAGGUUUGAAAACCUGUUGCUGUCAAGUCGAUUCCGACUCAUACCAACCCUGUAGGACACGGUAGAACUGCCCUGUAGGGUUUCCAAGGCUAUUUUUUUUUUAAUCUUUAUAGAAGCAGGCUUCUACAUCUUUCUCCUGCAGAGUAGCUGAUGGGUUCAAACUGCUGACCUUUUUGUUAGCAGCCAAGUGCUUAACCACUGUGCCACCAGGACUACUUAUAAGAGGUUUGAUUGUGGGUAUAUUUCUGACAAAGCUGUACCAUCACUGUUAACUGAGGAUGUACUAUGUGCCUGAUGCUUUUCUGAAUUCUUUAUAUAAAUUACAGCAACCAUACAAGAGUACUCUUAAUCCUGUUUUACAUGUAAGCAAAUUGAGGCACAGAGGUUAAUUAGAUCAAAGUUAUAUGACUAGUAAGUAAUGGAACCAGAUUGACUCCAGAAUCUAGGAUCUUAGCCUGUAUAUUUGUAGGGUUUCUUUUAAAAAUAAAUAAUUAGGGACUUUGAGUUUUCAGUGCUUACUUACUGUAUCUUAUUUUGUUUCAAUUGCUUAUUUUAUUUCUCGAAGCAUACUAAAUGUAACCAAAACAAACCCAAACCUGUGGCCAUCCAGUUCUGACUCAUAGUAACCCUGUAGUCAUUUUCUAUUCAAUAUCAAAAAAAAUCCAAUAUAUUCAGGUUUUCUGUAUCUGAUUCUGUGUUUUGUGGUAACUGGCUGUUCUGUGGUAUGUUUCCUGACUGUGUAUGUGUGUGUGUGUGUGAAUUUUUAUUGUUAGCUCAGGUUUUUUUUAGAAAAAAAAAUUUUUUUUUUUUGAGACCUGAAUCUAAAGUUUUUUUUCUAUCACACUUUUUAUUUGUUUGCUUGUUUUUUUCUGCAAGAGACCUGGAGACACUAUCAACCAAGGACCACUUUAAAAAAAAAAAAAAAAAAACAUUAUUUAUGACAUAAUUUCAGAGUUACAGGAAAGUUGCGGUAAUUUUACAAAGAAUUCCCUUAUAUCCGUAGCCCAGAUUUGCCAAAAGUUAACAUUCUUCCACAUUUGAUGGAUCAUUUCCUUUCUACUUGGAUUUAUAUAUUUUUUUCUGAACCAUCUGAAAGGAAGUAUCAGACACUGUAAGAGAGCCCUGGUGGCACAUGGUUAAAGCUCUCGGCUGCUAACCAAAAGGUCAGCAGUUCAAACCUACCAGCUAUUCUGCGGGAGAAAGGUGUGUCAGUCUGCUUCCAUGAAGAUUUACAGCCUUGGGAAUCCUCUGGUUCAGAUCUGCUUUGUCCUUUUGGUUGCUGUGAGUCAGAAUCGACUGGAGGACAGUGAGUGUGGUUUUGGUAGCAGAUACUAUGCCAGUAUACAAUCGCUAUGAGUUGGAAUCGACUCAGUGGCAGCAAGUUUGGGUUUUUUUUUUAUUGUACUGUGCCCCUUGACCCCUAAACACUUGAAUCUAUAUUCCCUAAAAACAAGGACAUUCUCUUACAUAUCCACAGUAUAAUAAUAAAAACUAGGAAACUAACAAUGCUGUUAUCGUAUAUUAUAAUGCCGUUAUCUAAUCUAUAGACCCUUUUCAGAAUUUGAGAAUUAUCCCCAUAACGUUCCAUAUAGAAAAAAAAUUUUAUGCUACAAUUUGUUGUCAUGUCUUUUUAUUUUUCUCUAAUCUGAAAUAGUUCCACCAUCUUUGUCUUCCAUGAUUUUGACAUUUUUGAAGAAUUCAAGUCAGUUAUUUUGUAAAAUGUCUCCCAGUUUAGAUUUCUCCAUUUCUUCAUUAUUAGAUUCAGGUAUGCAUUUUUGGCAGGAAUAUUGCAGAUGGGAUGCUGUGUUCUUCUCGGUUCAUUGUAGCAGGAGGUGCAUGACUUUGAUUUGUGCAUUUACUGGUGAUGUUAACUUUGAUCAUUUGAUUAAGGUGGUGUCUGUCAGAUUUCUCCACUGUAAAGUUAUUAUUUUCCCAUUUUUAAAUAUCUGACGUUUGGGGAAAUACUUUGAGACUGUGUUGUUGUUUUUAGUUGCAGUGGAGUCGACCCUACGUGUGGGGAGUAGAACUGCUCCUUAGGGUUUUGAAGGCUGACCUUUUGGAAGCAGAUUGCCAGGCCUGUCUUCUAUAAAUACGCUAAUAAUACUGAAACUUUCACCACAGUUUUAGAAUCCAUUGAUGAUUCUUGCUUGAAUCAGUUAUUAUUAUGAUGGUUUUCAGUGGCUAAUUUUUCAGAAAUAGAUUGCCAGGCCUUUGUUCUGAAGCACUUAUGGGUAGACAAGAACCUUCAACCUUGGUGAGCAGCUGAGUGUAUUAAACCGUUUGCACCAUCCAGGGACUCCUGUCAAUUUUUUCUUUAUUUCUUGUCUACCCAGAGCCAAGGGCAAAAUAGCAUACCUCCACAGUCACUUACUCUGUAGGCGGGUUAACUGUGUUGACCUACCAAAGGUGUCACCUCUUAGAGUCACUGCUUUGUAUUAUAGUCUCUGACUCAACCAUCCACCAGUCCCAGGCCCUGGAUUAUUUUGCCCUUGGAGGUACAUGGAGCUCAUUAAAACUCAAUUUAUAGACCACCAGAGAUCCUCAGAUACACUCAUGGCAAAUGCCUGCUCUAGAGCUAGCUUGCCCUUGUGAAUGUUUUGUUUUUUGGGAAUUCUUCUUGGGAGGAAUGAAAUAUUUGUGGAGAAUUGGGAUUAACUAAUUUAAUGCUGAAAAUAAAAAGAUAAAUCUAGGUGUGAGCAAGUUUCUUCUGUCUUUAAGGCACUGUAUUUUUGCCACCAUCUCAGUCUAUGUCCUCUCUCUGACUCUUGUCUUUGGGAGCCUAAGGAUCAUAAAGCUGGCUUUCAGAGAGUGAUGAGAUGAGCAGCAGUAAGUAGCCUUGAUCUUUUCUGAAGUGUCCAGGAAGUUAUGUACUUUCCUGACCAGUUUCCAAACUUUCUAUUCUUAGACAUUAAAGAUUAUGGUGGAAUAGUGUAGCAUGCAGGGUGGGUCCAUUUUUACUCCCCACUUGGCUUCCAGUUUUCAACUUGUUUAUUCUUGAAAAUCAUAACAUUUCCUGCCAAAUUUGAUGACCUGGUUGUGCUGGGACUUAAAGAGCAUUAGGCCAGAUCACAACAAUAAAGGUUCAAUUUAGAUAGUAAUGUGCUAAUGAGGCCAUAAUUACGGAAUAUUUCCUUGUAGUGAAGUCACAGAAUUUAUCAUCAACCCUGAUUAGCCAUUUCAGUUUUGUCUUAGUUGUUGCAAGGACUGGUCAAGGGAAUGUGGAUAGAUUCCUGUAAAUUUGUCACUGCUGUUGAGGGAACAAUUGCAUUACAUUUGAAUUUCUACAGUAAAUCAUUGAUACAAUUCUCAUAUUUAAAGUUCUGCCUUUAUCUUUCUGAUAUUUUCUGUCUUACCUUUACCAAAAAAACUUAUCAGAGAAAUUCUAAGAAUAAGCAAUAAAAACUAAGGGCUAAUGAUAAGAAAGAGCUUCCGUGCACUGGUGACAUAAUUUUAUCCAUUCCUAUAACCAAUAAAAAUUUUAAUUUAUUAGUUAACUAUCCUUUCAGUUUAUUUUUCUUAACUUACUUUUCUCAUUGUGUGUGCUGCCAUCAUGUAUGUGGCCCUAUCAUAAGACUGAAUGUUGGAAAGUAAGGAUUGUUACUUCUGUCAGUAUCAAGAUACCUUGUGUAACCUUCUUGAUCAAAUAGAAUAUUUUAUUUGAAUCAGAUUCCACAGGCCUUUUUGUUAUCCCUUGGAGUGUAAUGAACCUUUCUAUGUUCUUAAAGAUGAGUAUGCUUGAGACUGUUUACAAAACUUAGUAGAAGGCAGAAUUUUAUCUUUUUUUCUUUUAAACUAGCCUUAUCACUCUCAAGGAGCCGUGGCAGCACAGUGGUUAAGAGCUACGGCUGCUAACCAAAAAGUCGGUAGUUCAAAUUCACCAGCUGGUCCUCGGAAGUCUGAUGGGGCAGUUCUACUCUGUCCUACAGGGUCGCUAUGAGUCAGAAUUGACUCGAUGGCAAUGGGUUUGGUUUGGUCACUCGCAAGGAUACCAUUACCCUGUAUCUUUCAUUUCUGACCUGUGGCCCAUUACAUUCUACCCAAUUGCCUGUUUUUUCCUUGCUCGGUGUUGUUUUGUUGCCUCCCUCAUUUCGGUACAUCAUCCCAAAUUUCCUUAUGUAAAUUCAAAAUUUACCUGUUUUAGUGUCUAAGGCAAUACCUAAAGGAAGUCAGAUAAACAUUUCCUCAGGAUGUGCCGAUGGACAAAAGCUAGAUUUGCUCUAAGGUACCUAUAUUCAUUUUAACUGUGUUCUUCUAGAUGUAAUACUGCUACUUUUGAUGUCUAAUACAGGAAGAUAUCAGGAAGAAAGAUUUUUGAUGUUGUGUUGAUAAAGUAUUCUUUGUAUACAUAGGACUUUUCUCUUUGCAUUUGUAUCAGUCCCUUUAAUGAAUAAAGUAUAAAGCUGUCCUUUUGGCCGUGCCAUCUUUUUUUGAUUAAGCAUUUAUUGGGCAGUGUCUUGGCUUGUGGGGAGUGUUCUGAAACCACUUCUGCUCUCCAUCCAGAUGUGUCCUGCUUGCAGUGUAGAUUAAAAUGUUUGCACUCCUCAGUUUGAAAUUAUCAUUCCUGUUGUUUUAGCAUAUGUAUUUUACUUUCUGAAAACCAGCCUUUUUAACCUUUUUUGCAAGGAAAGCACUUAUUUAGGGAGAAACUUUUCUUUAUUUUUCUAAUAGGUUAUUGCAUCAGAAAAAAAUCUAUUUUAUUUAGUAUGGAACAAAAAACUGAUAUUUCUAAUUGCAGGAGAUCUUUAAAAUAUCUAAAAUACAGCUAUAAUUAUUGCUAUAAAAUAUGUUCCUGUUAAUAAAGACUAUAUGAUAAUAUUCAAAGAAGAACGUGCAGUUAAUUCUGCUUUUCUCAAAUUUUAUUUAAUAACAUUAUAUAAUCUUUGUCAACUCAAAAGGAAGAUGUUAUCAGGCCCCUCCCUGCCCGUUUAACUUUAGAGAGAACUUAGCUUGGUCUGUUGAGUAGACUCUGAAUCAGUGUAGCACUGUCACUCAUUGUGAAAAUAUUUACCGAGGCGUUAAUGAUUUUUAACCUUUUUCUAGGAAGUAUUAGUGUUAACAUCUCAUAUCAAUUUUAUUGUAAUAUUGGGAAUAUUCAGUUAUGAAGAAGAAUAAAGCCUUGCCCUAAAACAGAUGAUGUAUUCUCCCAGUAAGCACAUGUGUUUACUGGACCUCUACACUUCCUGACGUUUAUUUCGUUAUUUUGUGAAUGUGAAUUUUAAGGGAAACUUUUAUUAUUGCAAUGUUCAUUGUUUAAAACUGACAUUACAGUGACACAAGGUAGUGAACUUGGGCCAGAAGUAUUCCAAGUGAUAUGCUCUACAAGCAAAAAAAAAAAACCUAAAUUGAAAUCUAAGUGUUGUAUUUCUUUUAACAUAAAUUCUUUUGCAAAGAAAAUGUACCAUUAAAUUCAGAAAUUGUCAAUUUCAAUGAUUUUGUUCUGUGGAUACUAAAACAAGAGUGCUGUCUUAAUUCAGAAGAAACAUUACUUUUUCAUUUGCUCUGACUGUUGCUACUUUUACCAAUGGCAUGUGAAUGUGGUCACUUUUGAGUUGCAUGCUUGAUUCUAGAUGUCGCACAUAAACAGAGUUUGGAGAGACUAUACUUAAAUGUAUAGGAAGCAGUGUCAUCAGGAGGUCAGCUUGAGAUUUUUUAUGAAGUAGUACAUACAUUUUUCUAGAUAAGUGUAGGAAAAUGGGAGGUCUUGGCUAGAUGAUGCCAUCUCUUGGAGCUAGAAAUAACUUCUGGGCAGAAAAAGUAACAUAAAAUAUUUUCCAAGUUUUUCCCAAAUAUUAACCUGUCAUUAUUCUUUGAGAAAUGAGCUUGGAAACUGAUGUACAAAGAUAAUUGAGACCAUUUGGUACUAACUCCCUCAUAUGUGCGAAUCUUCAUCUAAACAUAGUUCUGCCCUGUGCCCUGUUUUUAUGUGCUGCUCCUUUCCUCUACUCUCAGAGAAGAAUGCUUUCUCCUUAAAGUGAAUUGCUCCCCUUAUUGUCUGUAUCUCACCUCAGUUUAUCAAAUUUUCAGCUCUCUAGUUCCUCCUUACUAUACAACUUUAUUAAAAGUAAAUUUGUGAAGGCCGUCAUCAAUGACUAACAAAAUUUAAUGACUUCUUAGGGAUUUUUACUUGUGUUGAAUUCCACAAAUUCUAUCCUUUUGACUACUCGUAUCUUCUUGAAACUUUAUAUUCCAUUACCUCUAAUGACACAGCCAUUUCCCCUUCUGAUAAUUCUGUGUCCACUUCUCUUUUAUUUCAGGUGAAUUUAAGAAGCAUCUAAUAUGUCAUAGGAGUUGGACAAAAAUCUGAAUCCAGUCAGGCACCCUGUUUUAUUCUUUAAUUCAUAAUGUAUCUCAGUUUCUUUUUCUUUACCCCAUUGCUUCCAUUCUGAUUCAGUUCUUUCCCUGAAUUAUUGCAAUUGACUUUUAACUGCUUUCCGUGGCUCUCUUCUCUCCCUCCUUCAUUUCAUCUUCAUUCUAUCUUAGAGUACUCUGUAAAGGGCUUUUCUUUUUCCAAGUUAUUACACUGCUCAGGAACCUACCCUGUUGUUUACUUCAUAAAGUCCAGCUCUUCAUUCUGGCUUUUUUAGUUUGCAAAAUUUGGCCCCAGUCUCUCACUUUUUGUUUUCUUUGAACAUUUAUCCAUUUAUCAUUGCAAUUAAGUCUCCCAGUGUUGUGUGCUCUGCAAAUGCUGUGUUCAUGAUUUCUUCUAGUCUUUUAUUUAUUUUGGACCAUCCUCAUUACUUUUCCUCAACUAUCUCAGUCUCAACAACCUUUUUCAUUAAGUUUUUGUUUUUUAACUAAUUUGGCUCUUGUCUCUUUUUUCUAGCUUACUUUUAUUCAGUAUCACUUAGUUCUUGAUUUUCUCUAAUGGUGUAUUACUUUCCAGAUACUUCUAUCCAUGUAGUAACCUGUAUUUUGAGGUCAGAGAAGUCAAAUUAUAUUUUCGAAAGCUGUCACAUAAUAGAUAUUCCAUAAAUAUUUGACAAUUGAGUGAAAAUAAGAGACAAGUUAAAUAUUAAAUCUCUUAAAUUUUCAUAGUCAGUAAUGAAGUAAUUUCUUAGUACAGUUAUUUUUUAAUGAUUACAUCAUAAUUUUAUCAAAUCAACUUUUAUAGUUAUGAAAAUUACACAUCAGCAGAGGGCAGUCAAGGUAAAAUUCAUUUGGCUGCCUUGUGUAAAAUUAAAAUUCUAUCUCUUUAAGAGUUACUCUACUUGAGAUAUUAGUUUUACUUUAUAAUUCAUUUGUAAAUAAAUUUCAGAACUUUUCAGUUGAUAGGUUUGUAUCAUUAUAUAAUUUUUUUAGCCUUGUAAGGUAAAUAUGUAUUUUUUUUUUAAUGGAAAAAACAUUGAGAUUAGUUUUUUAGGUCAUGAAAUAUUUUAUUCUUUGAAUUUUUUUUUUUUUUGCAUUUUAGAUGGGUGGCUACUUUAUGUAUAUACUUUUGUUUUUCCUGCUUCGGUAGCAGUAUUUGUAGUAAAUUUACUUUUGUUAAUUAGGUUACUUUUCAUUCAGUAAUUUUCCCGUGUAAACUUAUUGAGGAAAACGAAUUUUUAUUAGAGGCUGUGGUAUAACACUAACUAAACUUAGUUGGGCAAAUUCUUAAACUUUUAUUGCAUUUUCCUUCCUGAACCUUUCCUUUGGCAGACUGCAAACAAUGAGUGGUGUAUGUUUAUAAAACGUGCUCAUUUUCACCUCCACCUCCUGGAGGUUUGGUUUUUUGGUUUGGCUCCUCCUGGAGGUUAACCUAGUACUUAUUAAAGGAGAAACACCGUUUAUACUAAACAGUGUUUAACGUAUACUGAUGGUAUUACUGUGUUUCCUGUUUUAUGUUCACAGUAAGAAGAUUCUGAAACCUGCCUUUGUGUAAAUACUUCACUGACAUUCCAGACAAGUAUAAUCUUGUCUUCUGGUAGGCAGGAAAGAGUGAUGUCCUGGAAUGCUGUUAGAGAAGGAAAUCUCUUUGUGUUCCACAAAUGAUACCCCUAAACCUUUUAAGAAUAUAAUUUAAAAAUGACAGCUCUGUAUUUGCUUUUCCUUCCGUUUAUUAGCUUUGUACACAUUUAGUUUAGAAAUGAAUUUAGUAAAAAAGAAAAAAUUAUUGUGGCUGAAAAAGAAGCAUCUUCCUGGCCGUUUGCUGGAAAUUGUUGGUAAAAACAUUAAAGGGUAAAAAUAAAAGCAAAUUUAGUAAAUAAUUUUUACUGUUUUAUUCUCUUAGCUUAAACUUUUUUUGAUACUUGAAUCGAGGCUUGUGGUAAUUCUCUGCAGGCUUAAAAGAUUUGGUGUUUCCCAUUCCCUCCCAGAAUUUCCACUAAAGAAAUACUUUUUGGAGAUUGUAGACCACAGAUUAUUACUUUUUAAAAGCUAGUUUUAGAGUUUUUAUGUCAUUUCAAUAUUGAAUGUUUCAUCAGAAUAUAUAAAAAUCAGAGCCAUAUCACUUUAACAUUUAAUAUUCUAAUGAAUGGAUUUUCUUGUAACUUAAGAAUUCAGUUUAAGUAGUACUGAAGUUUCUGUUCAGUAUCAAAAAAGAGAAUAUAUGUGGUUAAAUUAUUGCCAAAACAGAUACCAUAGACAGAACCUGUGUCUAAUUUCUAGGUUAGUUUUUCUUUAUUUUCUUCUUCCUUGUUACUCCCAUACCUUAUUACCUACAGUGAUUCUCUGCUUCUGCCCUCACUCGCUCAAAAACCCAGAAAAAUGGAGAAUCACCUGCAAGAGUUUCCAAAUACAAGGUUAAAAAUGCUUAUUGGCCACUUUCAAACUGUAGAACAGUGUCUCACUUUUUAUUAACAAAUAAUUGUUAUAUUAUUACUGAAUAUGUCAUAUACUGUGCCCUUCGUUUAAAAAUAUUUUCUUGAAAUAUGUUGAACAUUAUUCUUCAUUUAUGCUCUUUCCAUAAAUCUGCUGUGAUGACAUACAAAACACUGAAGCUAUGCAUCUUAAAUUAAGAGUCUUUUAAAUGUAGUUCUUUAAAACAGUGCUGCUAACGGGUAUGGUCAUUCCAUGGUAAUUUGAUGGUGUCAUAAACUUGGAUUCCAUCUUAUUGCUGUACCAUCCUUUAAGCCACAUGGUAAGAACAUCCCAACAUCACAUCUAUUUGCAUCCAUUCAGGUCUAUUGGAACAAGGAAAUGAGGUAAUAGAGAGCUCCUUCCUUCCCUGUAAGAACAUGACCCAUAAAUUGCAUGCAUCAUUUACAUCCCAGAUUUUAGCUACAUGACCACGCACAUGUAUGUAUCCUCUAUUUUGAGUGGCUGUGUGCACAACUGGAAUUCAGGGGUUUUAUUGCUAAAGAACAAAGAAAAACUAGCCUUCUCUGCCAUUAUGUGUUAGCAGUGUUCACCGUUGUCCACUCCUUUCUCUUACCUUGGCUUAAAAAACACAGUUAACUCCCUAAUUUUUCUUCCAUUUCUCUGCUGCCCCCUCGCCAACCAUUUGACUCCUUUACAUAUUCUCUGCCUAGGCAAAAUGCAGUUCAUCAAGGCUGGACACUAGAAUCCUUUUUUUUUAAUUAUUUUCUCCAUCCACAGUCAGUCUCAUCAGUAUCCAUGGCUUCAGUUAUGGGAUUGCAUGCGAUUCAGCUCAUAUUUUUACUUUGAGUUCUUCAACUGUUUGCUUAGAUGUCUCAAAGGCAUUUCAAGUUCAACAUAUCCUAAAUCUAAGUUUUGCUUUGUUUUAUAUAUAAUUAUUUAAUCUUAACAACUUUAUGAGGUAAAUACUAUUGCUAUAAGGGGUUAAGUGUUUGCUAACCAAAAGGUUGGCAGUUCAAAUCCACCAGGCACACCUUGGGAAACCAGUGGAGUAGUUCUCCUCUGUCGUGUAGGGUCAAUUUGAGUCAGAGUCGACUCCACAGCAGCGAGUUUGGUUUUUUAGUAUACCAUACCUCAUCCUGCAGAUGCCAUUUGUCUAAAAGACUGUCGUUUAGCCAUUGAAUUGCCUGUGCAACUCUUGUCAAAAAUCAAUUGAUCAUAUUUCUGUGGGUCUGUUUCUGGAUCCUCUGAUCAGUUCCAUUGAUCUGUCUAUCCUUUAACCAAACCACACUGUCUUGUUUAUCAUAGCUUUAUUGCAGGACAUAAAAUCAGAUAGUGCAUGUCUUCCAAAUUUGUUCUUUAUUUUCAGAAUUUGUUUUAGCUAUUCUCAUUCCCUGGCUUGUCUAUAGAAAAUUUAGAAUCAGGAUGUUAAUAUCUUCAAAAAAUCCAGCUGUGAUUUUGAUUGGGAUUUUAUUGAAUCUAUAGGUCAAUUUUGGGGAGAUUUGACAACUUAACGAUAUGGAGUCCUCUAAUCAUGAACAUUAUAUAUGCUUAUUUAGGUUCACUGUAUUAUAGUUCAGAGCAUACAGACCUUGCAUUUAUUUGCAUUUAUUUUGUUAAAUUCGUCCUUAUUUCUGUUUUGUUUUUUUUUUUAAGCAUUAUAAAUGGUACUAUUUAAUUUUGGCUUCCAGUUGUUUAUUGUUAGUACGUACAGAUACAAUUGAUUUUGUGUGUGUGUGUUGGAAUUUUUUUUAUUUUUGAUCUUAAAACAUGAAGCAAGGUGACAACAUAUUAACAAUUGGCAAUCUUGGGAUUCUAAGUAAAUAUGUGAAUGUUUGUGAUUCACUGUACUGUUUUAUACUUAUAAAACUCUGAAAGCUGAAAAUAAAAUCCCCUUUCCCCAGUACUACCUUUGCCCCAAACAAAUUUAAUUAAGGAAGUUAGCAAAAACUUUUUUUAGACUUGGGAACCCAGGCUGAAGACCAUUUAGUUUCAUAUAAGCUGUUAAAAGUUUGGAAAACACAACUUUUUGUUAGUAAGAGAGUUUGUAACCCUUUCUCUAAAAAAUCAUGAUAAUUAUAGACUUAAAAGAAGUUGCAAAGAUAACAAAGAGAAAUCGAUGUACCCAUCAUCCAGCUUCCCCCAGUGGUAGCAUCUUUUUUUCUUUUUUUUUAAUUGAGACCAAAGUUUAGUAGUGGUUACCAGGGAUGGGAGGGAGGAGGAAUGAGGGGAGUUAUUUCUUAUGGAGUACUGAGUCUUGGUUUACGGUGAUGGAAAAAUCACAUUAAUUAAAGGAAGAGUUGCACAGCCGGUUAUUUUAAGUGCUCUCAAUAAGGUGUACGCCUGAAAAAAGUUGAAUUGGCAAAAGUUGUGUGAUAGAUAUACUUAAAACAAUGACCAAAAAAAAAAAAAAAAAAAACUAGCUACUGAGGCUGCAUAUGUACAGCCAAAACACUGCAGGGGAUUUGACUCCUUGGUUGGGAGGUUUAGGGUCGUGGUUUCAUGGGACAUCCCAGUUAAUUGACCUAAUAACGUGUUUAGUGCUUAUGUUCUACUUCCUAGUUUGUUUCAUGGUGCCUGGGUCUUAAAAGCUUGCAAGCAGCCAUCCAAGGCAUAACAAUUGAUAUUUGUUUGCCUGGAGCAACAGAGGAAGACGGAGAGUCAGGAAUAGGAGGAGGAAAUGGAAUGCAUGGCUAAUGCCUCCAUGAACUACUGCCUCCUUUACCAUGAGACCAAGAACUGAAUGGUGCCCAGCUACCAUUACUGAACAUUUUGAUUAAAGAUUCUGUAGAAGAAUCCUGUUCAAAAGAGGGGAAAUGCAGAACAGGAUUUCAAAUUCUCAUGGACUCUAAACUUUCUGGAGCCGUGGAAGCUGGAUGAACCCCUUAAACUGUUGCCCUGAGAUAAUCUUUAAACCUUAAACCAAAAUUAUCCCCUGAAGUCUUCUUUAAGCCAAACAGUAAUUUAGGUUAACUAGUAAAAAAUGUCUGCCUCGAAUGUUAUACACUUUUAAGAUCUAUCUAAAUGGGAUCAAAUGACAACAGCAACUCGAAAGAUUAGAUAGGAACCUUAGGGGCCAGUGAGUUUGUUCGUUUGUUUGUUUUUUGCUUUAGUUUGGUUUCUCAUUUAAACAUUUAUACACAAAUUGUUUCAUAAUAUUGGUUGCAAUUCCCGCAACGUGUUAACAUUCUCUGCCUUUCCACCCCAUGUUUCCUGUUUCCAUUCGUCCAGUUUUCCUGUUCCUUCUUGCCUUCUCAUCUUUGUUUUGGGGCGGGUGUCGUCCACUUGGUCUUGUGUACCUGAUUCAUCUAAGAAGCACGUUCCUCACAUGUGUUAUUGUUUACUGUCUAAUAUUUAGCUGAAAGGUGAACUUUGGAGUGGCUUCAGUUCUGAGUUAGAAGGGUGUCCAGGGACCAUAGUCUCUGGGCUUCCUCCAGUCUCUGUUAGACCGUUAAGUCUGGUCUCUCUUUUUUUUAAUUUGAGUUUUAUUCUACAUUUUUCUGCUACUCUGUCUGGUACCACUGUUGUGAUCCCUGUCAGAACAGUUGGUGGUGGUAGCCGGGCACCAUCUAGUUCCUUUGGGUUCAGGUUGGCGGAGGCUAUAGUUCAUGUGGUCCAUUAGCCCUUUGGACUAAUAUUUUCCUCGCGUCCUGUGCCUUUGAUUUUCUUCAUUCUUCUUUGCUCUGGAUGGGAUGGGACCAAUAGAUGUAUCUUAGGUGGCCACUCACAAGCAUUUAAGACCCCAGAUGCUACUCACCAAAGUAGGAUGUAGAACAUUUUCUUUAUGAACUAUGUUAUUCCAGUUGUCCUAGAUGUCCCUGAGACCAUGGUCGCCAGCCCUUAGCCCCAGUAACUCGGUCCCUCAAGGUGUUGGAUGUGUUUUGGAAGCUUCUGUGACUGUGCCCCCUUUGUGCUCUAUUAUAUAUAUGUAUGAAACAUAUAUGUUGUUGUUAGGUGCUGUCAAGUCAGUUCUGUUCCAUAGCGACCCCAUGUACUACAGAACGAAACACUUCUUGGUCCUGUGCCAUCCUCCCAGUUGUUGUUAUGCUCGAGCCCAUUGUUGCAGCCACUGUGUUAAUCCAUCUUGUUGAACAUUUUUUGCUGACCUUCUACUUUACCAAGCAUGAUGUCCUUCUCCAGGGAUUGGUCUUCACCAAAAUAGCUGAUAACACAUCCAAAAUAGGUGAGAUGAAGCCUCGCCAUCCUUGUAUCUAAGGAGCAUUCUGGCUGUACUUCUUCCAAGACAGAUUUGUUGAUUCUUCUGGAAGUCCAUGGUAUAUUCGGUAUUUUUCGCCAACACUGUAAUUCAGAGCCAUCAGUUCUUCAUUCUUCCUUGUUCACUGUCCAGCUUUCACAUGCAUAUGAGGCAAUUGAAAACACCAUGGCUUGAGUCAGGCACACCUAAGUCUUUAAAGUGACACCUUUGCUUUUCAGCACUUUAAAGAAGUCUUUUGCAGCAGAUUUGCCCAAUGCAAUGUGUCAUUUGAUUCUUGACUGCUACUUCCGUAGGCAUUGUUAUACAUGCUGUACAUACAAAUAUAUACGUAAAAAUAUCCACAGCCUAAUUUAUAUACAUGAGUGGAUAUACUUCUUUACGCCCUCCUUUCCCCCCUAUUCAGGAUACGUAUCUGCUUAUAAUUUCUUUUUUUUUUUUUUUUUUACUGUUGUUGUAGGAUUGUAUGUGCUGUAGUAUUUACUGUAGUUGCCUCUGUGUGUGUGUGUGUGUGUAUGUUUCUCUCGAAGUGUCUUUCUUUGCCUUGGUCAAGGUUGAAAGUGGUCCUUUUUGCCUGCAGUUUGCUAUAUACUCCUUUACUGGUUGUGGGAGUUUUUUUUUUUUUUUCAGAUUUCUUAGUUAUCUGUGUAAUCAAUCAUGGCAUCUGUGAAUGAAGACAGUUUUAUUUCUUCCUUUCCAAUCUGCAUUUUUUUUUUUAAAUUCUCUUAUUGUACUGGGUAGGAUUUCCAGUGCCAUGUCGAAUGUAGGACUGAUGAGAGUGAAUAUCCUUGCCUUGCUCCAGAUCUUAAGGAGAAAGCCUUCAGUGUUUUAGUAUCAAGUGUGAUGGUAGCUUUGUCUUUUUAUAGAUGUCCUUUAAUAGGUUCAGGAAGUUUCUUUCUAUUCCUUGUUUGGUCAGAGUUUUGGGUCAUGAAAAGACUGAAUUUUGUGAAAUGUUUUUUCUACAUCUAUCAAUAUGAUCAUGGGAUAUUUCUUCUUUAGACUGUUAAAAACAGAUUACAUUGAUUUAUUUUGAAAUGUUAAACUAGCCUUGCAAUCGCAGAAUAAAUCUUAGUGUUAGUCAUGUUGUAUAUUCUUUUAUAUAUUGGAAGAUUCAAUUUGUAAACAUUUUGUUGAAGGUUUUUAUAUCUAUGUUUAUGAUGGAUUAUUUAUCGAAUUUCCAUUUCUUAUACUCUGUCUAGUUUUGGUAUCAGAGUAAUUCUCACUUUCUAAAAUGAGUUGAGAAGUAGCCUCUUUUUUUCUAGUUAUUGGAAGAGAUUGUGUAGAAUUAGUAUUAUUUCCUCCAAAGUGUUGGGUAGAAUUCUCUAUUAAAACCAUUUGAGUCUGGAGUUUUCUGUUCGUUUUGUUUUAACUAUAAACUCAAUAUCUUUAAUAGGUAGAGGACUAUUCUGUUUUCUUCUUGAGUAAAUUUUGUUAGUUUGUGUCCUUCAGGGAAUUGGUUCAUUUCAUCUAAAAUGUGAAAUUUAUACCCAUAUUGCUUAUUGUUUUCCCCUUAUCCUUUAAUGUGUCGGCGGGGUGGGGGGAGGUGGUGGAGGGUCUUCAGUGAUACUGUCUCUUUCCUUCCUGUUACUGGCAAUUCGUGCCCUCUCUCUUUUUUUAUUUGUCAGUCUUAGUAGAGAUUUAUCAAUUCUAUUGAUCUUUUCAAAGAAUCAGGCUGUGGUUUCAUUGAUUUUCUCUUAUUGCUUUUUAGUUUUCAGUUUUUUUGGUUUUUGUCCUUAUAAUUUUUCUUUUUCUUUUGAAUUUUGUUUACUCUUUUUAUUCUGGUCUGAUAAGCUGGAAAUUUAUUGAUUUGAAAUCUUUAUUCAAAUGCUGCGGUUUUCCCUAUAAGCAUUGCUUUAUCACAGUCUAUAAAUUUUUUGAUGUCUUAUCUUUUCAUUCAGUUCAAAUAUUUUCUGUUUUCCCCUCUGAGACUUCAGAUUUGAUUCAUGAAUUAUUUAGAAGUGUGUUGCUUAAUUUCCAAAUGUUUGGGAAUUUUCCAGUUAUCUUACUGUUAUUGAUUACUAGUUUAAUUUUGUUAUGGUCAGAGAACAUAAUUUGUAUGAUUUCAGUUCUUUUAACUUUGGUAGGGUGUGUUUUAUAACCCAGGAUGCCAUGGUAUCUUGGCGAAUGUCCAUGUGCUCUUUAAAAGAACGUGGAGCCUGCUGUUGUUGGAAGUAGGUUUCUAUAAAUGGCUAUUAGGUCACUUUAGUUGAACGUAUUGUAAAUGUCAUUUGUAUCCUUGCUGAUUCUGUUUGUUUUAUUGAUUCCUAAGAGAUAAAUGUUGAAAUGUCCAAGUAUAAUUGUCAGUUUACCUGUUUUUCCUUUCGGUUUUACCAGUUUUUGCUUCACUUAUCUUGAAACUCUCUUGUUAUGUGCAUAUACAUUUGUCAUUAUGUAUUGCAACUCUUUAUUCCUGGUAAUUUUUCCUAUUCUGAAGUCUAACUUCAGACAUUAAUGUCGUCACGCCACCUUUCUUUUGGUGGUGUUUGCACGAUACAUCCUUCUGUUUUCUUAUACUUUUGAAUUAUCUAUACUGUUGUAUUUCAGUUGAGUUUUCUACAGACGGCAUUUUGUUGGGUCUUAUUUGUUAUACAAUCUGAGAAUCUCUGAUUUUUUAAUUGAUGGGUUUAGACCAUUUAAAUUUAGUAUAAUUAUUGAUAUGUUAUUGAUAUCGAGAUGGAGUGACACGGUAGCUGUAACAAUAGGGUCAAGCAUAGCAACAAUUGUGAAAACAAUAUGUACGCGUAAAUUUUCAGAGUCUGUUUAGAGUUAAUAUUUUAUCAUUUGAAGUAUAGAAGCCAUGCAACAACCAUAUAGAUCAAAAAUAUAGGGAAAAUGGAUUUUUUAUGACAUCUCUGUAUACCACAAAAAGCAACCUUAAGUUUCCCCCAUAGCCUUGUCUUUCUGUGCUUAAUCGUUUUUGUAUUAUUACCCAUCUUUUAAUCGCUAGUAUUAUUGUGCAUCGCUUUCAACCUAUUGUGUACAACUAGGUGUAAAACAGCUUGAUUUCCAAGCCCCGGUUCUUGGGACAUUUUUCAAAUUCAGUAUGAGAUUAUUGAUAUUUUAUAGAUGAAAAAACCAAGGUAUAAAACUGAGGUUGAGUAGCCCAAAGUCUGACAGCUAGUAAGUAGCAGAUGUAGGAUUUGUACUCUGACAGUCUAACCUCAGGGUCCACACAUUUAACCACAAUACUGCUUACUGCUUGUAUUUUAUUUCAGACACUGGUAAUGCUUAUGGCAGGUCUCUUACACCUUUAAAUAUAUGGCUUCUAAGUUUACUCACUGGGGUAUCUUUGAGUGUUUUAAUUUAGUUAUUGUAAAAAUGUACUGUUCUCCCUCUUCUUAAGGCAUCUUCAGUAUUUCUUGAAAUGGUUCUUUACAUUUUUCCCAGCAAUUUUUAGCUUUUGAGUUUUUGGAACUAGUUUUCGCAUCAAAACAAUGUGUAGAGUCCCAUAUAAUUGCAGUUAAAUUUUCUCAGUGUAUUUGAAAAACUAAUUAAUAAAAAAAAAAGUACUACUGUGAAUUGUAUAACACUUAUAAAUGAUUUCAUAUUUUCAUAAUCACAACUGCAUACACACAUACUUGAAAUAAUAGUAACAUAUGUGCAGGUCAUAUUAGAUAUUUAUUUUUUAGAUAAUAUUUGGUAUUCAUGUAGGUCUCCAAGCCCAAGAGUCUGCUACUUUCAGGCUGGGAACUAAUGUUAGACUGUUAGUGAAUAAUAAUAGUGCAAGCAAGAUUUACGGUUUUCCUAGGACACUAGAGUUGAAUAGGUUCAAAUUUAGAAAAAACAUUAAGAUCAGAGAGCUCUAAUUUUUAUCAAACUCAAACCUUACCAUUAAAAUGGAAAUAUUCUUUACAUUAUUCACCUAAAAUGUUCCUAUAAUAACUGUGAGAUACUAAUAGGCCUAAUUUUGGAGUUUUUAAUAGCUGCCUUUUUCUUCUUUAGCUCUGAUUAUGGUACAGCCCUUCUCAAAUGGAAAAAUAAGAACAUUUUGCAAAUAUCUGUUUACAGACAAACAAAAACUUGGUACCUAUGGAAUAGAUUAUUUCCAGGCAGGGCUUCAACCUGAUUCUUCCCAGUUCAGUCAUAGGCAAGGAAGCGAAACUGGAACAGACCCAAAUUUGUGAAAUUUGGGAGAACUGGAACAAUAACCGGAAUGGAAAACAUGAGUUGAAGGCCUGCUAGAAACCUAAUCUCCCUCUUAGAAACCCAAGGCAGCGUAUGCAUUGCAUAGUACCCUUAUCUCUUGCCCGUGAGAUUUUCAGCAAAGUCUAAAACAGUGGUGCCCCACUCAAAUAUGGCAGCUGACCGAGCCUCUUUGAAUGUAUGUUGCUCUCCACAGCCCUGACAACAAUUUAAUGUCACGUAUCAGGCUCCUGAAAGGGCUGGCUUCGCCUCUUCAAGUCUGCCAUUCUAGGGCUUCAACCCAUAAUUUUUCCCGUUCCAGUUAUCAUGCCAGAUCACCCAAAUUGUAAAAAUUUGGAUCUGUCUGAUUUCGCUUCAUCAGCCAUUACUGCACCACUUUGAACCGGUUCAAAGCCCUGUUUCCAGAAGUAUAGAGUUUAAUGUCUAAAAAGCCUUUGAGUUUGACCACUUUUUAUUUCCUUCAUUAUUCUCUAGUAAUCCUUCUCUUGUUCCUAAAGAGCUAAUGAUACUCUGAGGUCAUUCAAAAAGAUUCCUUAAAACCAGUAAUAAAACAGUUGUGAACAGAGCUCCUCUAACAUAUAUAUAUAUAAACUUUGGCAACUAUCUUUUUUUUUUUUUCCCCCUGGAAGUAGGAGAGUUUUAAAGAUUUGAGAAAAUCAGUAAUAACGUUUGAACCUGAUCCAUCUGAUAGUUACAGUUGUUUUAUAAAUGUAGCAAUAGAUAAUAUACUUCAGUGAUAACUUAAUCUUCAUAUUAGAGAAUUAAGGUGCUUAAAGAAGAAAGAAUACUAAUCAUUAUGAGGUAAAUUGUUUUUUUAAUUUAAAUCAAAAUUUAUGUUGCUUUUUAUGUUCUACAAAAAUCAGCACAUCAUUAUACUACCUGUAGGCAAAUAACUAGGGGUGAUCUAUUUUGUGAACGGUUACUACUUUUCUGAAUCAUAUUAAUUAUACAUCCUGUUAAGUUUUGUUGUUGUUAGGUGCCGUCAAGUCGGUUCCAACUCAUAGCGACCCUAUACACAGCAGAACGAAACACUGCCCGGUCCUGAGCCAUCCUUACGAUUGUUGUUAUGCUUGAACUCAUUGUUGCAGCCACUCUGUUGAUCCACCUCAUUGAGGGUCUUCCUCUUUUCUGCUGACACUGUACUCUGCCAAGCAUGAUGUCCUUCUUCACAGACUGAUCCCUCCUGACAGCGCGUCUAACAUAUGUGAGAUGCAGUCUCGCCAUCCUUGCCUCUAGGGAGCAUUCUGGCUGUACUUCUUAUAAGACAGAUUUGUUCAUUCUUUUGGCACUCCAUGGUAUAUUCAAUAUUCUUUGCCAGCACCACAAUUCAAAGGCGUCAGUUCUUCAGUCUUCCUUAUUCAUUGUCCAGCUUUCACAUGCACAUGAUGUGAUUGAAAAUACCAUGGCUUGGGUCAGGCGCACCUUAGUCUUCAAGAUGACAUCUUUGCCCUUCAACACUUUAAAGAGUCCUUUGCAGCAGAUUUACCCGAUGCAAUGUGUCCUUUGAUUUCUCGACUGCUGCUUCCAUGGCUGUUGACCGUGGAUCCAAGUAAAAUGAAAUCCUUGACAACUUCAGUCUUUUCUGUUUAUCAUGAUGUUGCUCAUUGGUCCAGUUGUGAGGAUUUUUGUUUUCUUUAUGUUGAGGUGCAGUCCAUACUGAAGGCUUUGGUCUUUGAUCUUCAUUAGUAAGUGCUUCAAGUCCUCUUCACUUCAGCAAGCAAGGUUGUGUCAUCUGCAUAACGCAGGUUGUUAAUCAGUCUUCCUCCAAUCCUGAUGCCCCAUCCUUCUUCAUAUAGCCCAGCUGCUUGGAUUAUUUGCUCAGCAUACAGAUUGAAUAGGUAUGGUGAAAGAAUACAACCCUGACGCACACCUUUCCUGACUUUAACCCAAUCAGUAUCCCCUUUUUCUGUCCAAACAACUGCCUCUUGAUCUAUGUAAAGGUUCUUCAUGAGCACAAUUAAGUGUUCUGGAAUUCCCAUUCUUCACAAUGUUAUCCAUAAUUUGUUAGAUCCACAAAGUCGAAUGCCUUUUCAUAGUCAAUAAAACACAGGUAAACAUCCUUGUGGUAUUCUCUGCUUUCAGCCAGCAUCCAUCUGGCAUCAGCAAUGAUAUCCCUGGUUCCAUGUCCUCUUCUGAAACCAGCCUGAAUUUCUGGCAGUUACCUGUCGAUAUACUGCUGCAGCCGUUUUUGAAUGAUCUUCAGCAAAAUUUUGCUUGUGUGUGAUAUUAAUGAUAUUGUUCUAUAAUAUCCACACUCGAUUGGAUUACCUUUCUUGGGAAUAGGCAUAAAUAUGGAUCUCUUCCAGUCAGUUGGCCAGGAAGCUUUCUUCCAUAUUUCUUGGCAUAGACGAGUGAGCACCUCCAGUGCUGCUUCUGUGUGUUGAAAUGUCUCAAUGAUAUCCCAUCAAUUCCUGGAGCCUUGUUUUUCACUAGUGCCUUCAGAGUAGCUUGGACUUCUUCCUUCAGUACCAUCGGUUCCUGAUCAUAUGCCACCUCUUGAAAUGGUUGAACAUCGACUAAUUCUUUUUGGUAUAAUGACUCUGUGUAUUCCUUCAAUCUUCUUUUGAUGCUUCCUGCAUCAUUUAAUAUUUUCCCCAUAGAAUCCUUCACUAUUGCAACUUGAGGCUUGAAUUUUUUCUUCAGUUCUUUCAGCUUGAGAAACGCCGAGCGUGUUCUUCCCUUUUGGUUUUCCAUCUCCAGCUCUUUGCAUGUGUCAUUAUAAUACUUUGUCUUCUCGAGCCGCCUUUUGAAAUCUUCUGUUCAGUUCUUUUACUUCAUCAAUUCUUCCUUUUGCUUUAGCUACUCUGCAUUUGAGAGCAAGUUUCAGGGUCUCCUCUGACAUCCGUCUUGGCCUUUUCUUCCUUUCCUCUUGCUUUCUUUAUGUAUGCUGUCCUUCCACAACUCGUCUGGUCUACAGUCACUAGUGUUCAAUGCGUCAAAUCUAUUCUUCAGAUGGUCUCUAAAUUCAGGUGGGAUAUACUCUAGGUCAUAUUUUGGCUCUUGUAGACUUGCUCUGAUUUUCUUCAGUUUCAGCUUGAACUUGUGUAUGAGCAAUUGAUGGUCUAUUCCACAGUCAGCCCCUGGCCUUGUUCUGACUGAUGAUAUUGAGCCUUUGUAUCGUCUCUUUCCACAGAUAUAGUCAAUUUGAUUUCUGUGUGUUCCAUCUGGAGAGGUCCAUGUGUAUAGUUGCCAUUUAUGUUGGUGAAAGAAGGUAUUUUGCAAUGAAGAAGUCAUUGAUCUUGCAAAAUUCUAUGUUUCAAACUCCAGCGUUGUUUUUGUCACCAAGGCCAUAUUUUCCAACUACUGAUCCUUCUUUUUUGUUUCCUUUUGCAUUCCAAUCACCAGUAAUUAUCAAGGCAUCUUGAUUGCAUGUUUGAUCAAUUUCAGACUGCAGCAGCUGAUUAAAAUCUUCUAUUCAUCUUUGGCCCUAGUGGUUGGUGUGUAAAUUUGGGUAAUAGUCAUAUUAACUGGUCUUCCUUGUAGGCGUAUGGAUAUUAUCAUAUCACUGACAGUGUUGUACUUCAGGAUAGAUCUUGAAAGGUUCUUUUUGACGAUGAAUGCAACACCAUUCCUCUUCAAGUUGUCAUCCCAGCAUAGUAGGCUAUAUGAUUGUCCGAUUCAAAAAGGCUAAUACCAGUCCGUCUUAGUUCACUAAUGCCUAGGAUAUCAAUGUUUCUAUGUACCAUUUCAUUUUUGACGAUUUCCAAUUUUCCUAGGUUCAUACUUCAUACAUUCCAGGUUCCGAUUAUUAAUGGAUGUUUUCAGCUGUUUCUUCUCAUUUUGAGUUGCGCCACAUCAGCAAAUGAAGGUCCUGAAAGCUUGACUCCAUCCACAUCAUUAAGUUCGACUCUAGUUUGAGGAGGCAGCUUUUCCCCAGUCAUCUUUUGAGUGCCUUCCAACCUGGGGGGCUCAUCUUCCAGCACUAUAUCAGACAAUGUCCCACUGCUAUUCAUAAGGUUUUCACUGGCUAAUGCUUUUCAGAAGUAGACUGCCGGGUCCUUCUUCCUAGUCUGUCUAUUCUGGAAGCUCAGCUGAAACCUGUCCUCCAUGGGUGACCCUGCUGGUAUUUGAAUACCGGUGGCAUAGCUUCCAGCAUCACAGCAACACACAAACCCCCAGUUGUCUGUCAGUUUGUCGUACUGUGAGGGCUUGUGUGUUGCUGUGAUGCUGGAAGCUAUGCCACCGGUAUUCAGAUAGUUAAGUUUUAUAAGCUUAUUAUUUAAUAUGAACUUUUACCUAUUUUCAUAUUAAGAGCCCUUGAUUUUCAGCCACAGCAGAGGAAUAAAUUGCCAGGAUAGAACAAAUAACUUAAAACACUGUGCCCACAGAGAGAUCGAUAUCCAAUGAAGAGAUAGGGCCAGAGUUGGAGAACUCACAUUUUUCUUUCUUUUCAGGAUGCAUAAAGCGUAAAACAAGAUAAUUUGUACUGUUCAUUGCCAUCUAGAUGUGUUAGGUUUGUAUGUCAAGAUAAUAGCCCCACUGUGUUAGGCCUAUGUUGAUUACUCUCCAGAACACUGGUAAAUCACAGGUGGAUUGUUCAGGUGCUCGGAGAGCCCACAGGAAUAGGGAAGUAUCAACUGACAGGUCAUUGCUGGAUCAGGAAUUUACCAUUGUCUAUGGCAUCUUGAAGGCUAACAUUUUGGUAACUUUCAGGAAAAAUACUGUACUGUAUUUCCUUUUUUUUUCUCUUUAGUCUAUUAUACAAAGCAAACAUCCCAGUUUACAGAACAUCCAGCAUUUAGUUGAGAAGAUGAUGGGUAGGAAGUUAAGCUGUUAAUACAGGAGGAUGACUUAAGUUUGUCUUUCCUGAACCACUCUUGUAUUAUUAGUUUUUAAAUGGAAUCUGCUUUCAGUUUCAGUGAUUGGGAGUGUUAGAUGUACAUGGUUUAAUGGAUUUUCUACUUCAAAUUCUGGUUUCCCCAUUUUACUUGCAAUCUGACAUCAGAAUAGAAAAUAAUGCAAAUGGCCUUUUAAAUGAUUGAUAUAGGGUAAUGAGUUAGGCUUCUUUAUUGAGUCAGAGCUCCAUACCUGUUCUGUGUCAUAACAACUUCCUUAGAGGAUGAGUUAAAAAAAAAAAAAAGCCAUACUUUCUUGCAAUGCUGGAGGUAUUAUACAUCUCUAAAUUGAAAAAUACUGAAUUAAAUUUGGUUAUUUAAAUCUGUUGUUAACCUUUUGGGUAUUUGCUGUUGUUUAAAGUGGAUUGCUGAUUAUCAGAUUGCUGUAUAUAUUUUUCCUUAUUUUCUAAACCUUAAUAAGAUAUUAAUCCUGAUACUCAUGAUAAUAAGAAUAAUCCUAACAUGUGUAACAUUCUUCCUCAAAUAUGAAGAUUAAAAGUAACAGGUGUGAAUUUUUUUUUUUUUUUUAAGUUUACCAAAGUAAACACACAUAAAAUGGAAACGAUUUUUCUUGUUUGAUGGCCCGUGGAUGUUUGAGCCUACAUUUAAUAUAUUAACAUUGUCUUGAAUCUACUAGAAAAUACUCAUGUCAUUUAGACAGCAUUAAUUAUAGCAUCCAGAUUGCAUCAACUAAUAGUUUUGUGAUACUCUGUCCUGGUCAAGUCACAUCUAGAAUAAAAUAUACAAUUUUGGGAUUAUGGUUUGCAAAUAGUUUUGGACGUAAGAAAUAAGAAUUAGUACAUGUUUUUACCCUGAAGAGUAGAAGAAUACAGUUAUUACUUUCAUGUACAAAAGUCCAUCCUGUAGGAGGCAUAGGAUUUAAAAAGAGAGACAUUCCAGCAAAACAAAAGGAAUAACUUUCUAAUGAAUUAGAAUUGCUCAAUAGUGGAUUUACUUGUUCAGGUUACUCCAGGUGUUUUUAGAAUCGGCUGAUGUUAAAUGUCUGUAUAUUGAUUAGUAAGCUGGGAAAGGUAAAGCUGAAUUAGCAGACAUAAAAUGAUGCUUUCAGGGAUGAGCCUCACAUGAUUCAGUCCCUUAGCAUAUAUAUGGAUAUUGUAGAAUUUGAAUUUUAUAUUAAGAAUAAUCAUUGAAAAUUAUCUUUAGCCCUAUGAACUUUACAUACAUUUUUGCUUUCCUAUAUUUUUUCAAAAUAAUUCAUUGUAUUUUUCAAAAAAAUAAAAACAUCCGAUCGUACUUGGCGCUGGUCACAUAUAAUCCAGUCUGAAAUUGGAGGGAGGAACAAGAAGGAAUAAUACAGGUCCUUCGUUUAAACACGCGAACUCUACUUAUCCCAUCGUGUGUACGUUGGACACGUUUUUCUUUCUCUUAAGAGCUAAAUAGCACGAUCUAAUAAUUUGCUACUUUCUUUGUAGUAAAAAUGACCCCUUUCUAAAGAGACGGGGAAAUUUAUUUGAAGAUAAUUCUUUGGCAGAAUUGACCUUAGGACUUUAAACUGACUGUUGGAAUGACUAUAUUCUUUGACCUAUCGCGUCAUCCAAAACUUCUUAACAUUCUCCUCCUUUUUUUAAUGUUUUGUUGCUAUGAUCGGGGGAGCUGAAAGUAAAUAUAGGUUAUGUUUGUGCACAAUUCAGCAAAGGGUUCGGCUAGUUAGCAUUAAGUAUCUAUAUGCUUGUAUAGUUCUUAAUUGCUUUUAAAUAUUAUCAUUGAGUAGCACCCAGAAUUAUACUUAUCAUAUAGUUACUCACUUGUGAAAUGAAAGGGCAAAAGAAUGAAUGUAUGUGUCUUAAUCAUCUGGUGCUGCUAUAACAGCAAUACCACAAGUGGAUGGCUUUAACAAAGAGAAAUUUAUUUUCUCAUAGUAGUAGUCUAAAAGUUUAAAUUCAGGGUGUCAGCUCCAGGGGAGACUUUGCCUCUCUGUCAGCUCUGGAGAAAGGUCCUUGUGAGGCAUCAGUCUUCUCUUGGUCUGAGAGCAUCUCAGUGUAAGAAUCUAGGGUCCGAAGGACACAGUCUGUUCCCAGCACUGCUUUCUUGGUGGUAUGAGGUCCCCCACUCUCUGCUUGCUUCUCUUUCAUCUCUUGUAAGAUAAAAAGUGGUACAGGCCACACCCCAGGGAAAUUUUUUACAUUGGAUCAGGGAUGUGACCUGCUAAGGGUAUUAAACUACCACCCUAAUCCUCUUUAACAUAAAAUUACGAUCACAAAAUGGAGGACAACCACACAAUACUGGAAAUCAUGGCCUAACCAAGUCAACACAUAUGUUUGGGGAACACAAUUCAAUCCAUGACAGUAUGCAUUUUAUGUUUGCAUCGUUGGUGGUUACCACAGUGUUAUAUAUAGAUGUAAGGUCUUUUACAUGCUUGAAGGGCAGCAAGCACAUUUUAUCCAUGGUCUGGUCUACCAUGAUUCCUGGCACUCUUAAGUCCUGGUGAACAUUUACAAUGUAAAUAAAUAUAUUCAAUAUAAUUAACAUUAGAUAAACAUUUGCAUUUGAAUAAAACAGAUAUAUUAUGCAUUUUAUAUGAGCCAGAAUCGACUCGAUGGCAAUAGGUUUGCUUGUUAUGUAUUGUAUAUAUGAGUAAUUUUAUUUCAUCUUCACAUUAUGAUUUUGGAAAUCUGUACAUAAUUUUGAUUUUCUAUCAGUCUAAAACAAUUUGAGCUAUAUUAACAUUGGUAACCUGCCAUAGCUUCACUCUGUUCUUUUGACCGUUAAUUUAAGAGAACGGUGGACGUUUAGAUGCCCUCUUAGUGCUAAUCUCCCAAUAGCUGAAAAACCAAGAACAGUUAUGAAAGGCAGUCCUGUCCAUAAUGUGGGGUGGCAGAGCUGCUUUUUUUUUUUCCCUUAAAAACGAUCUACAGUAUAAAUGGGUCUUAAAUUAUUUGAAACUGGAUUUGAAUUCUAGUUUGGCCUUUACUGUGUGACAUGAGGCACUGUUUGCUCAUCUGUAAAGUAGGAAUAUUACCUCCUCUACAGGAGGAUUAUAUGUGGUAACUCCUGUGAACCACUUAACUCAGAGCCUGUUACAAAGUGAGCACUUGAGAUAUAAUGGGUAUUAGUAUUUUAUCCUGGGUGGGGAGAUUAAAGUAUAUUGAAUAUUCAGCACUAAUGACUUUAGCACUUGAACAUUUUAAGUUGCUGUACCUUCAGUUAUUUCAUUUUCUUCAUUCAGUUCUCCUGUUUAAAAAUUUCCUCCUGUUGUAUAUAUCAGCAAUAUGGUAACAGUCAUCACUAUUAAAUAAACUGUAGAUUGUCUCUUAAAUAUCCCUCAAUAUGAUGGUUAAUACGUAUCAUAUCUAUUCCUCUUUUUCUAUACCCUUAAACCUUUGCCCAGAUCUCAAAGAAUCUGCAGUGGUUGGUUGUGUGUGUGUGUGUGUGUGUGUACACUUUUGUCCAUUGUCAGGAACCCAGCUUCGUAUGGGCUUUUCCAGUAUUUUGGCAAAAACUUGAGUAUUUGUUCUGAUUACUUAAACUUGUAGACUAACCUUUUUGUGUUUUUACACUGGCCUGGAUUGAUAUGAGCCUGUUUGGAAAGAGGUAGGCUGGAAAGUAUUGAGGUAGACACAGAAGACUGAAGAUUGAAGCACCCUGUAGUCACAUAAUACAUUAUCUUCUCUGAGGUUGUUGUUUAGCCUAUCAAUAUCUGGUUCAUUGUGUUCUCUCUCUCUCCCUCUCCUUCUUACUCUCCCUCUCCAUCUCACCCCAUCCCCAUAUGACUUGCUUGAUAUGGACAAAUAUUUGCCAGUAUAAUCUAUAUAUACUGAUUAAACUAAUCUGUAUCUUUCUGUCUGUCCUAAUCAUGAUUCUUUGGUCUGCAUAGCACUUCUGAUAGAAUUGUAUGAAAGUCAGGAGCUCAGAAUAAACACAAUGAAGGGUAAAGCUUUUCAGUUUCUUCUGUGAGCAGUUCCAUUUCUAAAAUAUGUUAUCAACAUCCUAUCAUUAAACCAUGAAACAAAAAUCAUGUCAUACCUUGAAAUCAAUAUAUGACUUGCUUGGAAUAAAAUUAAGAUUUUAAAGAAGGCAUUGUUUGAGUAUUAAAGAAAAAAAAUUUUUUUUUCUUUAAUUGUUUAAGUAUUAGGAAGGGAAAAUAAGGAGAUAGUAUUUUUUUUUAUUAAUAAAUUGUACAUUGUAUGCAAAUUAAGCCAGUCUCCCAGUCUGUAGAAAUUUAAAGAUAGAAUCCUGUGCUUUGCAUUUCUCAGAGAGUGAAAGAUAGGAUUUAAAACAGGAUCUUAAAAUUUCAUAAGUGGAGGGGGGAAAAGAAAAAAAGUGAACCUAAAGGCUUGCUUUGUCCAGGGAUAGACAUGGAUUUUUCUUUUUCUUCCUUAAACCUGAAAGAUGUUUAGAAAGCUAAAUCUAUUUUUUUUGUUUGUUUUCCUUUUGGGUAGCUGAGAAAGUCAGGACUCAUCAGAACAGACUACUAGACCUUUACUGGGGAUUAAGUUUUACUCAGCCUUUUAUCUCUUAAUCUUGUCUUUCUGUCUAAUACUAGGAAGCACUCCCGCAAAUGCUGAAUGAGUGAAUAAAUCUGUAUGAAAAUUUACCUGGGGAAAAAGCAUGCCAGAGAAUUUUGGUACCUGGUACUAGGUGGUGUGAUAUAAUAAAUGUUACUGUUCAGAGAACGUAGAGAUUAUGGAAAGGUCAGAAUAGUUAGGAAAGGAUAAACACAUAUUACUUUGUAUAUAGUUAUAAUUUUUUGAGCAUUUUCUACAUGCCAGGCUUAGUAGUUUGUACACAGUAUCUCAGUUCAUCUGCACAAUAAAGCAGUAAAAGUAUAUAUUUUUCAUAUUACAUGGUAGAUGAGAAAAUAGGCACAGAGAAGUAAAGUUAACUUGCCUAAAAUCUUGCAGCUAGGAAAUGACUUUACAAAGAAUGUUACUUUUGUUCAUUUUGAUAUUCUUCCCAGAGCUCAAUAAUUUCUGAAUCCUAACUGGUUAACAGAGUUGCUACUGACCUUAGGGAGCUCCCGGCAGUUAGAAUUUGAAGGCACUAGAAGAGUCUACUGAUGGCUUUUGAGCAGUCAGUCAAAUUCCAUGCAACAAAAGUAAAGUUGUAGUAUAUUCCUUUACACUGACCUAAAAAAUGGAGCGUAUAGCCCUGCGGUAAGCGGUAUGCAUCAUCUGAACCUACCUUACCUCUGGCAGACAGUUCCCAAUAUUGUCAAAGAAGCAUCUGUUGAUCGUUAAAAGGCUUUAAUUUGCUUGAGAGGGAAAAAAUAUAUAUUUGCAGCUUUACAGAUUUUUUUCGUGAAUGGAAAUGUUCAGUAACUUCUUUCAUUUAGGCAUCCUGUGGUAUCUUAUUAACAAUUACAUUUAUGAGUUGAACUAUAAAUCACUGUAUAAUGGACACUUUAUUGAGACAUUCUUGGCAUCACUUUUUAGCAUACUAGUAAAUAUCAUCAGGGAACCAAUUUCGUAUGGCAGCUCUUGAGUUUUUAUAGAUAUAUUAAUUAAUUAACCACUAUUUUUUUUAUAGCUUUAUAUGUUAUGGUUAAGAGCAAUAUCUGCGUGCCUCUGUUUUUCACCUAUAAAAUGGAGAUAGCAACAGACCUACCUCACAGAGUUGUUGUGAGGAUGAGAUGAGUGAUAAACGUGAAGUCAUUUAAAAUAAUACUUAAAUAUAUUGUCUGUUACUGUUUUUUAAGUUUGUCUCUGUUUAUAUUUGAUUUAGCCAAGAGGCCAUGGAAAAUUUCCCGUUAAUGUUUAUUGUGAUGUUUCAACAUUAUUAAAUAUGGCUGAUUUAUAUGUAAUAGAUCAUUUAUAUGCAGAGCCUUGGUGGCACAGUGGCUAAGAGCUUAGCUGCUAAUCAAAAGGUCAGCAGUUUGAAUCCACCAGCCACUCCUUAGAAACCCUGGGGCAGUUCUACUCUGUCCUAUAGGGUCGCCAUGAGCUGGAAUCAGGUAGGUAGGGUAGGCAUCUAUAUGCGUGUAGUAUACCAUUAUAUCAUUGAUAUAUCCAUCUAGUAAACCUUAAUAUUUAAGAGUGGACAGAAGAAGAGGGGUCCAUAAAGAGUGCUGUGAAGGUAUUACCAGUAAAGAGAAAAAACCAAGAGAAUACAAAAGGAGUAUUUCAAGAAGACGGGGGAAAAAUAAAAUGUGAAUAAUUUUCAUUAGACUCAGCGACAAGAUCAUCAAUUCCUUUACAAAUGAGCUAGGUUAAUGAGUGAAUAAGAGGUGAAGAAGUAGAGGCAAUUAGUGUGGAUAACUCUUCUAGUCGUCCAGUUAUGGAGAGGACAGGAGAAAGGGUGAUACUGUACAGGUAUCAUGGUCAAAGGAUGGUUUUUUGUUGUUUGUUUUAUUUUAAUGUAAAAGAGACUUUGAACAUGUUCAGAAGGUAGAAGAGAUUAUGCAUAUGGAAAAGUUUGAAGAUCAGAAGAAAUACAUCAUGUUAGAGUUUGUAAGUUUGUUGAUUUUGAUUAGGCAGUGAUUCUUAAACUUCAGGAGCCCUGGUUGCACAGUGGUUAAGAGCUAUGGCUGCUAACCAAAAGGUCAGCAGUUCAGAUCCACCAGCCAUUCCUUGGAAACCCUGUGAAGCAGUACUACUCUGCCCUAUAGGGUCACUAUGAGUCGGAAUUGACUCAUUGGCAACGCGCUUAGUUUUUUUGGUCUCAAACUUCAAUGUGCAUACAAAUUACUUGUACAUCUGGGAUAGAGUCUGAGAUUUUACAAUUGUAAUUUUAAAAACAUUACAAAAAAAUGCAGUUGCUAUCUGAUCAGCUCUGACUCAUGACAACCACAUAUGUGUCAGAAUGGAACUGUGGUCCAUAGAGGGUUUUUUAAUAAUAAAUUUUUGUUUUAAUGUUUUAUUGAGUUUUUGGUUAAAGUUUACACAGUAAAUUAGAUUCCCAUUUAACAGUUUCUUUUUUUACUUUUACCCAUAUUGUUCGGUGACAUUGGCUACAUUUUCCAUGUUAGAUCAACAUUCUCAUUAUUUCCAUAUGGGUUGUUCCAUUUCCGUUAUUCUUGCUUUCCUGCCCCCUCCCCUGACCUUCUCAUCUUUCAGUUAAAUGUUGACCAUUUGGUCUCAAAUACAUGAUUGUUUUUUGUUUUGUUUUUUUAUAAAAGGAGCACAGUACUCACAGGUGAUAUUGUUUAUUUUAUGAGCCAAUCUGUUAUUUAGCUGUAAGUGGACCUCUGGGAGUGAUUUCAGUUCAAUGGGUAUCUCAAGGUGACAGUCUUGUGGGUUCACCAGGUCUCUGCUGGUCCAGAAAGCCUGGCCUUUUUUUUAAGAUUUUGAGUUUUGUUCUACAAUUUUUUCAAUUCUAUACAGUACCAUCCGUUGUGGCCCCAGUCAGAAUGGCACCAUCUAUCUAGUUCUUCUGGUCUUUGGAUAGGUGAAGCCAUAGUUUGUAUAGGCAAUUAGUCCUGUAGACUGGUUUCCAAUAGCUGAUUUUUCAAAAGUAGAUUGCCUCCCACGCCUUUCUUCUGAGACACCUCUGGGUGGACCUCAACUUCCAAUUUUUUGGUUAGCAGCUGUUAACCAUUUGCGCCACCCAGGGACUCUGCAAUUCUAAUAGAUCCUGGGAAAUGCUGAUGGUCUGAGCAUUCUGCAUUUUGACAAGAUCCUCCCAAAUAAUUCAUAUGCACAUUUAAAUUUGAGAAGCACCUAGCUAGAGGAUGAGUGAAGCCUAUAGUGGAAUCUAAAGAAAAGGAUAGAUGGGUUAAAAUUAGGAGUCUGAGCAACUAAUAGUCUCUAUGAAUGAAGACCACUUGUAUUCAUGUGAAUAGUCUCUGAACUCAGUAAAUGACUAUUAUGUCUUCUGUGACAGUGUUACUUAUUCCAUUUUACUGGAGGCAAAGUAUCUUCAGUGACUGUUUUAUGAAUAAAAUGCUUUUGUUAUAGACGCAUGUUAACGUCCACAUGCAGGCACCAGACCAGUUACAAAUUACGAAGAAGAAUCUUGAACAAUGGGAUGUUAUAAAAAUCAUAACUCCAAUUUGUAUAAAAUUUUUAAUGGUCAUUAUCUCAUUUAACCAUUAUAACUCUGAGAUGGUAGAAUGAGAUAGUUUAUGCUAAUUUUACAUGUCAAAAUGGAGCUACCAGAUCCAUAAAAUCCUACCAUGUCAUUUUUGUAAAUUAAAAAUCAUUUAAAAUUUGAAGUUAUAAAUGCCUCUCUUUUAUCAAAUAAAUGUUUCCAAUAACUUGAUUUCAUUUUAACUCAAGAGUCCGUUUGUAAAUAGACUCGCUUCGUGUUUGGACCUGCACAUAAAUCCACAUUUUAUUCAGUCACACAGAUAUUGUUCAUGAGUAAGCUGUGAAGAAUCAGCCUUUCAUUUUCCUUAGAAAUGUCCAAUAUAAACUUUAAAAAAUAAACCUGCUGCGUACGGUACGUAUGAGUACUUAUAUGUACAUGUAAAUUUGUUUAUAGAGAAAGCCUGAUGACAUGUAUGCAUCUGUAGAUAUGAUUGCAUGUAUGCACUUUCCUGUAUUCUAGAUUUUCUGCUGUAAGCAUACAUUUCUAUUGAAGUAAUUAUUUUAAAAAAGUAAUUAUACAAAGGCUUUCUGCCAUCAUGCAUUAAAGUAAAUCUUAAUUUUUGCUAU